AUGAGCACGGUCGGCCUGUGCCUAUUCGUCGCGGCCGGCCUUGGUCCUGCAGGCCCGUUGCUAGUUGCCGCCCAGUAUAGUAACGUCUAUCAGCUAAUCGAACCUUAUGUCCAUCCCUAUUUGACUUCACGACCUCAUCACAAUUGGAUCAACUCAGGAAAAUUCCAAGGAGACAUUGCUGGGAUCGAUGCCGCUCUUCUACGGGAACCGGACGGAAUGGUCUUCUACAACGCCCUGAAAAAUAAGCAACUAGCAUGGAAAGAUGGAAUCAUACCGUAUGAAAUGGAUCCAGCGUUCUUACCUCAUGAAGUGAAGAUAAUCGAAAAAGCGUUUGCCAGCUAUCGUAAGAGCACCUGCAUUCGAUUUCAGUCCAGGAAUGGUGAACAAGACUACCUGAAUAUCGUAAAAGGCUUUGGAUGCUACUCACAAGUCGGGCGUACUGGAGGAAAGCAGGAGAUCUCACUGGGCCGUGGAUGCCUUUUUCACGAAAUUAUUGUCCAUGAGCUCAUGCAUUCGGUUGGAUUUUGGCAUGAACACAGCCGC